AUGAAAGAAAAGCUUGUUCUUUACAUUUAUAAUCUAAAUUAUAAAGUAAAAGUUAAAUGGAUAAAAUAUGAGUUAAAUAAAAUACUAUCACAAUAUUCCAAGUCUUAUGUUAUUAGAAUAAAUAAUAAAAUGCCUGGACAGGCUUUUAUAGAAUUUAAAAAUAAAACUCAUCUGACAUUGUGUCAUAAAAAAAUAAAUGGAAUGUUUUUACAUGAUAGAGAGCUUUAUACAAAUAUAAUAUAA